AUGACAUCCCUGAAGUCCACCCUAUAUUCGCCCAUGGUGAAAUCUCUUUGUUCAAGCGAUGGCACUACCAUCUACGCUAAAGCUGCUGGUGAUCCGUGUAAUCCAAGCAUCAUCCUCGCUUAUGGCUUGGGGCUGUCUGCGGCAGUGUUCGAUAACCUGUUUAAGGAUAAGCAACUACUGGCAGAAGUGUAUUUGGUUCACUACGAUUUGCACAGGCAAGGCAGGAGCAGAAAGCCAGAUACCACAGAGGGGUACGUGUCUAAGGUGUGGGUGGAUGACUACUGUGAUCAUCGAGGCAUUCAGUUUGAAGAAUCCUCUACCGUGACGGUCGACGUUGUCGCACACCUUCCACCCAGUACCCUCUCGGGUGUCGCUCUCCUCUCCAGUAUCCUGAACUGUACGACAUCCAGUGUGCUCGCAAUCUCCAAGAUUAUUAUAGACUUUGGCCCUGGUCUCACCACAACCUCUGAUGUUGCGCUCUCCCGCUCCACAGGAAAGGCGCUUGUGGACACGUACUUCAAUGAUGCCGCUGCUAUACCCUUUGAUCUGAUAACCUCAUGGUACGGCAUGGUGAUGCUCACACUGUCAUCGGUGAUGACCUUUCUUCUGACCUGGGAGCACAAUACGACUAAGUACUUCGAGGAGGAGAAGAAUGGGCUCCCACUGUUGUUGGUGUAUGGGAGUGAGGACAAGCACGUGCAUGGAGAAGUGCUUGCGAAAGAGUUGCCUGAUCACUUCAAUAACCUGAAGGUGCAUGUGGUUGAGGGAGGGAGCCACGCUUCCUUUUACGAGAGGCAGGAUGAAGUUGUUACAGAACUUCUGAGCUUCGUGAAGCGAACGGAGGUGAGUGGAUAUAUAUAA